UGAGCCAUGUUCAUUUUCAGAAAGUCAUUGUGUUUAUGAGGUUUUUACAUCUUCAACGUCACAGGAAAUUUCGGUUUUACUCUACUACGAAUUGUUUGGGUUAACAUCUUCUGAAAGAUAAAUGCUGAUAAUAAAUAUGGAAGAAUUUGGUUGUUUCUCUCAGUUGCUCAUCGAAUCUCGUUGGUAGUUGAUGAAAGUGUUGUUUGUUGAGUUAAUUGCAUCAUCAAUUGUUAUAAUGAAAUCUGUGGUACUUCUCUGCACCAUCCUUGCUGCAGUCUCAGCACAAAGACCCUCCUUCGCAGGAUCGCGGCCUAUUGGAGUACCAGAUGUAGCUUCUAGAUUCAAAGACACGGAAAGCUCUGGCUCAGCAGGUACCCAAUUACCGAAUAGAUUCAACACAGGCGCUGAAACCACAUCGUCAAGCCUACCGAUAGAGCGACAAUGGCAACAGUAUUGGCCUAGAGAGAACCAGCCUUUUUCUGUGGUCAAUGAAGAACACAUCAGAAGGCAGCUAUAUCCCACUGGAGCGAAGAGAAUCAGUGCCCAGGAUGUAUCUACAAACUCUUUGGGACAGAACCCUACCGUUAAUAACAGAGGAUCUUUCAAUGUAGCCAAUGAAGACUCUCCAGACAAGUUCACAGUUUUUAAGAAUAACCAGUUGGUGACUUAUGUUCAUGACCCAUUAUCUGACACCUGGUAUUCUAGGAAGAACUGAUUUGAGUUGUGGUUUAGAGCGAUGGAAAAGACAAGUCUGCUUAUUUAUACGAUUAUUUCAAUAAAGUUGAGUAUUUUGUUGUUUUA